GCUCUCCUCUGCAUAGUGACGCACGACGUGCUGCGUCACCUCCACAAACAACAUGGCGGCGGCCUGGCGGAGGGUGUACAGCGGACUGUCUGUCAGAGUUUCUUCAGUGAGCUGCAGCAGAACGCUCAGUACAGGUCAUGGCUUGCUGCCCCGCCCCCGGCCCCUCCCUCUUCUGUUAGUGACAGGUGGAGGUUACCUUGGUUACCAGCACUACAGGAGGAAGGGCCAGCAGGAUGAAGAGGCUCCGCCCCACCUGGCCACGCCCACACAGGUGGCGUUGUACCACUCCUUCCCAACUCGCUUGCUGUCUCGGGCCUGGGGUCGUCUGAAUGGGGUCGACCUCCCCACCUGGCUGCGAAAGCCUGUCUACUCCCUCUACAUCUGGACCUUUGGGGUCAACAUGCAGGUCAGAACAGCCAUGGGUGUGGCUAAUGAUUGGGAUGUCAUGUGUCUGAUGGUCGGGGUGCCUGAUGGUUGGAGUAUCAGCAUGUGUCUGAUGGUCGGGGUGCCUGAUGGUUGGAGUAUCAGGGUGGUUGGGGUGUCUGAUGGUUUGACUUCUGUCUCUUGUCUCUGUCAGAUCUCUCCGGCUGAUGGAAAGAUCCUUCACUUUGGUCGAGUCAAGAACUCAGAGGUGGAGCAGGUGAAGGGGGUCACCUACAGUCUGGAGAACUUCCUGGGUCCACAGAAGAGGCGGGGCAAUGACUCGUCUCCGUCCUCGUCGUCCUUUAAGGACGACCUCCUGUCGUCACCUGAGAACGACCUGUUCCACAUGGUGGUCUACCUGGCUCCAGGUGACUAUCACUGUUUCCACUCGCCCACAGACUGGAGGGUGGAGCUUCGACGUCACUUCCCAGGCUCGUUAAUGUCCGUCAACCCGGGUGUGGCUCGUUUGGUUAAAGAGCUCUUCUGCCUUAACGAGCGUGUGGUGCUCAGCGGCCAAUGGCAGCACGGCUUCUUCUCACUAACGGCGGUCGGAGCCACAAACGUUGGUUCCAUCAAGAUUUACUUUGACCAGGAGCUUCAGACCAACGCUCCACGCUACAGUAAAGGCUCCUUCCACGACCACAGCUACGUUGCCCUAGACGAGCAGGUCUUGAAGGCAGCAGGUGAAGGGGGCGUGGUCUUACAGAAGGGGGCGGCAGUGGGGGAGUUUAACCUCGGCUCCACCAUCGUUCUGCUGUUCGAAGCUCCGAAGGACUUCAGCUUCAACCUGCAGCCGGGACAGCAAAUCAGAGUUGGGGAGGGGAUCGGCAGCCUCUGAUUGGCCGAGCCAUGUACCCAGAGGGAGGGGCCUGACGAUGAGGACCUGCCAGUGACUGAUGAAAGACUGAUUCUGAGGCAUUUUGGGUAAUUUUCUCUGUAACAGAGACACUGUGGAGGACAGCAGCUCCCAGAAUGCCUUGUGCCAAACCUCUCUCUCUGUUUGAUUUUCUGUUCUGUCUCUAUGUCGCUCAUCCACAACUGACAAACGUUUAUAAAACGUUCAAGAAACGGUUUCCAACAAACUGUUGGUCAUGACGUCAUAAAUAAAGUUAGAGUGAAAUCAGAUGUCCCUCUGUCCACUGACGCUCUCAGUCUUUGUCUCUGUUUGGCAUUUCAACCAAUCAGUUGUCAGUUGAGUCUGAGGCAGCUGAUUGGUUGACACCAAACAGGAAGUGACCAAAUGAUGAUGAUGAUGAUGAAGAUGAUGAUUUUGGUGACUGUUGUGUUAUUGUAAAAUAUGUCAUUUUAAUAAAGUUUUCUUUCCCA